CAGGCGUGGUGAACAGUACCGCAGGCAGGGGGCGGCAACAUGGCGGAGAGAGCUGUGUAGCCUUCAGUAGAGCACUGGCGAAUGACUACACAGCGAGCAUUACUGGCUGACACCCAGAAAGAAUCCAGAAUUAAAAGGAUAUCAUUGCGUUACGCAUUUUUUGGCUAAUAUUAGUGGUUGCAAGCAUAAUGUAUGUGUAUGGUCGUGGAGGAAAAGAGGGAGGAUUUUAACGGAAAAGAGGAUUUUCCCCGUACUAUUCCAGAAUUUUCUUUAUUUUUUUCUCAUUGAUGCUUGUGCAUAGUCGGUGGUUAUAGCUACAGCAGGUGAGAUCGGGGCCGCUCCUUUGGAUUCGAGUGGAGAUGUCGAGCGAGAAGCCGGUUUUAGUGCCGGGUUCGGUAUCGCUCUCGGACCGAGAACCUCCCCCGGGUCAUGGGCAACAGGGGACAACGGGCUCUAAUACUACUGAAAUGAUGGUGUCCGGUUCGGGCUCAAUGGUCCUGCCGGCCGGGGUGAUCAAUCCCUCGGUUCCGAUCCGGAAUAUCAAGAUGAAAUUCGCCGUUCUCAUCGGUCUGAUCCAGGUUGGAGAGGUUAGCAACAGAGACAUUGUCGAGACGGUUCUGAACCUGCUGGUGGGCGGCGAGUUCGACCUGGAGAUGAACUUCAUCAUCCAGGACGCGGAGAGCAUCGGCUGCAUGGUGGAGCUGCUGGAGCACUGCGACGUGACGUGCCAGGCGGAGAUCUGGAGCAUGUUCACCGCCAUCCUGCGCAAGAGCGUGCGCAACCUGCAGACCAGCACCGAGGUGGGCCUCAUCCAGCAGGUGCUGCUCAAGAUGGCCGCCGUCGACGACAUGAUCGCAGACCUGCUGGUGGACAUGCUGGGGGUGAUGGCCAGCUACAGCAUCACGGUCAAGGAGCUCAAGCUGCUCUUCAGCAUGCUGAGAGGGGACAGCGGCGUGUGGCCGAGGCAUGCGGUGAAGCUGCUGUCGGUGCUCAAUCAGAUGCCCCAGAGGCACGGGCCGGACACCUUCUUCAACUUCCCCGGACGCAGCGCUGCCGCCAUCGCUUUACCUCCCAUUGCUAAGUGGCCUUAUCAGAACGGCUUUACUCUCAACACGUGGUUCCGAAUGGACCCCCUGAACAAUAUCAACGUAGACAAGGACAAGCCCUACCUGUACUGCUUCCGCACGAGCAAGGGAAUCGGGUACUCCGCCCACUUUGUGGGCAACUGCUUGAUAGUGACGUCGCUGAAGUCCAAGGGGAAGGGGUUCCAGCACUGCGUGAAGUACGACUUUCAGCCCCGCAAGUGGUACAUGAUCAGUAUCGUCCACAUAUACAACCGCUGGAGGAACAGCGAAAUCCGCUGCUACGUCAACGGUCAGCUGGUCUCCUACGGCGACAUGGCUUGGCACGUUAACACCAAUGAUAGUUAUGACAAAUGCUUCCUGGGCUCGUCGGAGACGGCGGACGCUAACAGGGUGUUCUGCGGCCAGCUCGGGGCCAUCUACGUGUUCAGCGAAGCACUCAACCCCGCCCAGAUAUUCGCCAUACAUCAGCUCGGCCCGGGGUACAAGAGCACCUUCAAGUUCAAGUCGGAGAGCGACAUCCACCUGGCGGAGCACCACAAGCAGGUGCUGUACGACGGGAAGCUGGCCAGCAGCAUCUCCUUCACCUACAACGCCAAGGCCACCGACGCCCAGCUGUGCCUGGAGUCCUCGCCCAAGGAGAACCCCUCCAUCUUUGUGCACUCGCCUCACGCCCUCAUGCUGCAGGAUGUGAAAGCCAUCGUGACGCACUCCAUCCACAGCGCCAUCCACUCCAUCGGCGGGAUCCAGGUGCUGUUCCCGCUCUUCGCCCAGCUGGACUACCACCAGCAGAGCGAGAGCCUGGUGGAGACCACCGUCUGUGCUACUCUCCUGGCCUUCCUGGUGGAGCUGCUGAAGAGCUCGGUGGCCAUGCAGGAGCAGAUGCUGGGUGGGAAGGGCUUCCUGGUGAUUGGCUAUCUCCUGGAGAAGUCAUCCAGGGUACACAUCACCAGGGCAGUUCUGGAGCAGUUCCUGUCCUUCGCCAAGUACCUGGACGGCCUGACCCACGGGGCGCCCCUCCUAAAACAGCUGUGUGACCACAUCCUGUUCAACGCCGCCAUCUGGAUCCACACGCCCGCCAAGGUGCAGCUGUCCUUGUACACGUAUCUCUCUGCGGAGUUCAUCGGCACGGCAACCAUCUACACCACCAUCCGGCGGGUGGGUACGGUGCUGCAGCUCAUGCACACGCUCAAGUACUACUACUGGGCCAUCAACCCCGUCGACAGCAGCGGCAUCACGCCCAAGGGCCUGGGUAAGUGCCCCUUAGCCUAAACUUCAUGUCCCUACCCCCUUCCUCUUAUCCUCUCCCAUAGUCUCUACCCCUACCCCAUACCCUAAACUUCCUGUCCCUACCCCUUCCUCUUAUCCUCUCCCAUAGUCUCUACCCCUAACCCAUACUGUAAACUUCCUAUCCCUACCCCCUCAUCUUAUCCUCUCCUAUACCCUCUAUCCCUACCCCAUACCCUAAACUUCCUGUCCCUACCCCCUUCCUCUUAUCCUCUCCUAUACCCUCUAUCCCUACCCCAUACCCUAAACUUCCUGUCCCUACCCCCUUCCUCUUAUCCUCUCCUAUA